AUUUUCAUAUAAUUCAGUCGUUCAUCAUGUUAAAAAAAAAAAAUCGGUCAUUACAGAUGUACCUUAUCGCGAAUUUGAACAUGAAGAGAAACGAAGAGAGAGAGAGAGAGAGAGAGAGAGAGAGAGAGUGUGUUGGUUGGGUGGGGUUAGAUGAUAUCAAGGAGUGAGGGUAAAGAAAAAGCGAUUAACAUGAAUAAAUCAUACGAGGAGUGUGUAAACUCUUUAACCGAAAGAAUCUCAACGCAGUAUGUUACUCGGACGACUCUGGAAUAAAAGAGAUUUGACGACACCUGACACGAUACGAACAUGACUACGGGCACAAAGGAUACGGAGACAAAGAGAGCAGCAACUUGGCCACAAUGGAUCGCCAGUGUUGGCGUAAGUCUCCUGUUAAUGCAGAUAGGAUUAUUAGCAGGAUGGUCGUCGCCCUACAUAGAACGAUUGUUAACCGGUAAAUCAAUCAUGGUGAUAACGGUCCAAGAAGCAUCAUUGAUCGUAAUGUUUCUUAAUUUAGGAAGACUUUUUGGUGCAUUCAUUGGCGCUAUAUUUGUAAAUUUGUUCGGUAGCAAAAAGACGAUACUAAUAUGCAGUAUACCGAUGAGCUUAUGUUGGAUCUUUGUAAUAAUAGCUGACAGGAUCUUUUGGUUAUAUCUUGGACGAAUUGCUGGUGGUAUUGGCAUGGGAAUGAGUUAUUCCUGCUUUUCACUCUAUUUAGGUGAAAUCGCGGAUUCUAAUAUACGAGGUGCAUUGGUGACAAUCGCUAUGGCCGGCUCUUCGUGCGGAAACCUAUUUAUAUUCGUCAUGGGAUGUUAUUUAUCUAUAAGAAUAUCCGCUAUUGUUAAUCUGAUAUUUAGUAUCAUUCUUAUGAUAUUGUUCAUUUGGCUACCGGAUUCUCCUCAUCAUUUGAUUAAAAUAAAUCAAGACGAUAGAGCCAAAAAAUCGAUCCUUUGGUAUCAUAGAGAUAUUAAUGUCGAUAAAGAAUUAUUGAAUUUGAAAAAAUUUAUCAAUGCGUGCGACGAGCUUACUACGUUUCAAGCAUUAAAGCAAUUUAAAGUACCACAGAUAAGAAAGGCGAUGAUAGUUACUAUCAUGUUAUUCUUUUACUUACAAAUAUGCGGUCUCAAUACGAUAUUAUUUUACAUGGAAACUAUCAUAAAAUCGGCACAAGUUGACAUAAUCGAACCAUCCUACAUCGUUAUUAUCAUCACGAUAUUUGGAAUAGUGGCCUCAUUGUUAUCGAUGAUGCUUAUCGAUAAAUUCGGAAGAAAAAUUCUCAUGUGUUUCUCUUGUAUGAUCGUUACGAUGGCACUGAUCGGUCUGGGAACGCACUUUCAACUUUUGGAAAUGAACGUUGAUACGGAUAUGAUACAAUGGCUCCCAAUAGUUUGUAUAUUAUUGUUUGAAAUGGCCGUUUACAUGGGAUUACUUCCAGUACCAAGUGCCGUAGUAGGAGAAAUAUUUCCGCCUAAUGUAAAAUGUGUAGCUGCAAGUAUAUCGAGUAUUUUUGCAGCCGUAUUUUCACUCACGGCAGCUGGAACUUAUCAAAUAUUCAUCGAUCUGAUGACCAAAAAAUAUACCUUUUGGUUGUACGCGAUAAUAUUGAUUACCGCUAUACCAGUUAUAAUAAUUUUCUUACCAGAAACAAAGGGAAAAACGUUACAAGAGAUACAAAAUGAAUUGAUGAAUAUAAAACCUAAGGAAGUUGAUAAUAUCAACGACAAAAACGAAAUUCAAAGAUAUUAAAGAUUUAAGAAUAUAUAUAUAUAUAUGUGUGUGUGUGUGUGUGUAUAUACAUUUUCGAUCGGGCGAACCAUAUUGACUGUGC